UCAAGAUGAUAAAGUUGAUACUGAUUUUAAUUGUUGCUUCAACCUUCAUCUCUAACUCAGAAAGCUUCUUCAUUGGCAACCGAGAAAUAAGAAAAUUUUUUGGAUUCUCCCCUUUUAAAGCAUUCAGAUUUUUUAGGAAAGACGUAGACCAUGACGACGACCUUAAAGAUCAUUAUCGAGAAGACGAACAUUACAAAAAGGAUUACAACGAUUAUCCUCAGAGUAUUAACGAGAAACUGAACAAAUAUCAUAAAGAAAAACCAACUGACCUUCUGGAUAUAGAACAUUCAAACCAACAUGAAGAAGUCUCAAGACCUGAGUCGAAAUCGAAACCCCAUCAACAUGAAGAAGAAGCCAAAAUAAUAAAAGUAAAGAUAGUCAAAGACGAAAAUCCUCAACAUGACGAAUUAAAAUAUGGCAGGGUAAUGAUUUUAGUUCCUGAAGGUGGAUCUAGGUAUCAUCAUAACCAAGCAGAUGAGUUCCACCACCAUUUUAAUAAAUAUUUUACUGGGUAUUCUGAUAAUUUCGAUAAAUUCGAAGAAGAAUUUCAAUUUUUUUAAAAAGUCUGUUAUUAAAAUAAUUUGAUACCUGUAAAAAUAU